AUGAUUUUUCAAACAUUAAAAUUUCAAAGGUUCUAUGUAAACAAAAAUAUCUUUCCAAUAACCAUAAAAUUUGCAAAAAUUCAUCGUAAUAAUUCCACCAAUUCAACAUAUUUUCAAAAACAUUUUACAAUUCCAACCUCAAGGAUAAUAAAAACCGAACAAAUCGUUUCUCGAUUAGGAUUUGGUGGAUAUAGAAUAAAUUGGAAUGAUGAUAGACACAAAAUGGCUCUUGAAAAGGCUAUAAAAAGUGGGAUCAAUAUAAUUGAUACGAGUGCUCAUUUUGAACUAGGUGAAUCUGAAGAAGUUAUCGGUAAAAUUUUAAAUGAUGCUUUUAAAGAUGGAUUUGUUACUCGGGAGGAUGUGGUAGUCAUCUCCAAAGCAGGAUAUGUGAACACAAAACAUACCAGUCAUUUGGAUGAUUCAUUUGCAAAAAUUAAUGAUAAAUCUGCGCACUCUAUUUCUCUCGAAUUUUUAAAUGAACAAAUUUCCGGAUCAUUGUCACGUUUAAAUCUUAAAAAAAUUGAUAUAUUUAUGCUCAAUAAUCCUGAAAGAAUUUUACAAGCAAAGAAUAAGAGCGUAUCAAUUAGUAAUUUGUAUCAUGAUAUUGAAAGAGCAUUUGAUUAUUUGGACAAAGAAGUAGCAAAAGGAAGAAUCGGGGGAUAUGGAAUUUGUUCAAAUUCAAUGGCAAUUUCAACAGCAAGUGAUCAUAUUUCUUUACCAACUAUUUAUGAAAAGCUUUCGAAUUCAAGUAAAAAAAAUUUUGUAGCAAUUCAAGUACCUUUCAAUUUAUUUGAAAGAAAUUUGGUUCAAAGAGGAAUUGGACAAAAUUGUUCUCUUGCCGAAUACGCAGAGUCGAAUGACAUAUUCAUAUUCACCAACCGCCCACUACAUACCAUUUCCGGGGGAGCCAUCCGUACACUUGUUAAUAACAAGUGCAAUUUAUCUGAACGUCAAAUCAUUGACAAUCUAACAAAUGGAUUUCAAAGGAUAGAUCAAUUAGAGAGUGAAUUAAAUGGAUUACUUCCGUUGGGGCAUCCGUUGUUAGCAAAGUUCAUGUGGUCUCAAGUAUUAUCACAAAAUUUGUCAAGAUUAUCGCAAAAUCAAUUUGCUACAAAACAUUAUCUGGAAAAGCAAAUUAAACCUGCCAUAACAGAAGACUUGGAAGUAUUAUUGGAUUAUAUUAAGAACAAGGCCUUAAAUGGAGAAAAAAGUAGAUUACAAAAUUGGAUUAUGGCUUAUCAGAUGGAUACACAAACUCUUAUAGAAUCGAUAAUUUUAUACGCUCAAAUUAACUUGCUCAAUAAUAACGAUGAACUUGAUUCUAUGAUCUCGUAUCUCUGUCCUUCGUUAUUUUCGGAAACUGCACAAUUUCAUUCUCCGUUAUCUGUAAAAGUACUUCGAAUUAAUUUAGCAAAUCAAGCAGUUGGUUGCGUUUUAGUUGGAAUGAGAAAGAUCAAAUAUGUUCAGGAUUCUUUAUCCGCUUUAGAAUUAAGCGAUGAUGAUUAUUUAACUAUCGAAGCACUAGAUGAUAUUUAUGCGACGAACCUUAUUACUUUCGAUCGUAAGAUGGGCUUAGACUUGGAUGCUUGCAUUUCUCAGCUUCUUCAAAAACAACUUUUAGCAGAAACUCUUCUCAAAGAAAUUUGUGAAAAAACCAAAGAGUUGUUAAUGAACGAAAGCAACUGCGUUUCGAUUUCGGCUCCCGUCACCGUAGAAAGUGUUGGCGAUAUUCACGGGCAAUUUUACGAUCUUAUAGAAAUAUUUCGAAUCGGAGGAUAUUGCCCAUAUACAAACUAUCUCUUCCUUGGCGACUAUGUGGAUAGGGGACUUUUUAGCGUGGAAACGAUAUCUCUGUUGACUUGCCUGAAAUUACGUUAUCCUCAUAGAGUUCAACUGGUUCGAGGAAAUCAUGAAUCAAGAGCAGUAACUCAGACCUACGGAUUUUAUACUGAAUGCGUAAGAAAAUAUGGUUCGACAAACGUUUGGCACUACUUUACUGAUAUGUUUGAUUAUCUCACGUUAUCAGUGGUAAUUGACGAUAGGAUCUUCUGCGUACACGGAGGGCUAUCUCCAUCAAUACAUAGCAUCGAUCAAAUAAAAAUUCUGGAUAGAUACAGAGAGAUUCCACACGAAGGCCCAAUGGCAGACUUGGUUUGGUCCGAUCCUGAUCCAGACAAGGAAGAAUUUUCCAUUUCACCAAGAGGUGCUGGUUACACCUUUGGAGGAUUGGUUGUCAAAAAAUUUCUUGAGAUAAAUAAGAUGGAACAUAUUCUUCGCGCGCAUCAACUUUGUAUGGAAGGAUAUCAGGUUCUCUACGAUGAUCGUUUAUCAACUGUAUGGUCUGCGCCAAAUUAUUGUUAUCGUUGUGGAAACAUGGCUUCAAUUUUGGAAGUUGGUGUAGAUGGGCAAAGAUUUUUUAAUGUGUUUGACGCAGCACCUGAAAAUGAGAGGGAUGGUCCUACACAACAACUGUCUAUAGAGAAGAAAGAAAAAGUUCAUUAUUUUCUGUGA